AUGCUGUCUAGUACAGAUAUUGGCUACUUGCGUCGGUGUGUGAAGCUAGCCCGUGAGGCGCUUGAUGCGGGUGAUGAUCCGUUUGGGUCAGUGCUCGUAGAUGCUACGGGCAAUAUUCUCAGAGAGGACCGCAACCGGACCAGGACCGAAGCAGAUAUCACCCUACACCCGGAACUCAUACUGGCUGUUUGGGCCCGGAAGCAUAUGGCCCCCGCCGACCGCGCCGCUGCCACCAUCUACACUUCUGGUGAACACUGUCCAAUGUGCGCAACUGCCCACGCCUAUGCCGGGUUGGGACGGAUCGUGUAUGCUACUUCGACUGCUCAGCUUGUACAGUGGAAGACGGAGUUGGGUGUGAAAGCUGGCCCGGUUAUUCCACUCUCGAUUAACCAGGUUGCGCCGGGUCUGAUUGUUGAUGGCCCCGCUCCCGGUCUGGACGAGGAGAUUUAUGAGCUACAUCGGAAGCAGGCUCGAACUAGAGCCGAAUAA